GCCAACAUUUUUGAGCAAAUGAUACACAGGGACCUUUCUUCUUCAUUUACUUCAGUACUGGUAAACCCAAAAUCUGUUUCAUCGCUGUCUAGUCUUCGAGGCCCUUGUUCCAUUUACAAGAGCAAUUACGUAGUGGAAGAUGAGCCAGCUUUUUGCACUUUUUCUCGCCCCUCUGAAGUGGAUCAUCCUCGUCAGAUGGCCAACAGUCCCUCACUCCCAGCCUUUAUCCUCUCGCAUAAGGUAACCCCAGAAGCAGAUGAUGAGCUUCGUCAGGUUUCAAGUUCCAUCCCAACCGAGUCUCACAUCUACUGUCAGCCUCCCCCGGUGCGUAAUUUGUACAACUGUCCUCAUAAUAACAAUACAGAAAAGCCGACUGAUAUCCAAAACGACAUGACAACCAAUCAAGUGUCAUCCACUAUAGUGCCUAUAGAUGUUAGCGGUCAACCUUUCAAUAGGAUGGCAACUUUUAGACGGUCUCUCAUUCAUGUGGACUUUUUUAAUCGAAGAAAGAAAAAAAAAGAGAAAAGGAGGAAUACAGUAGCAGAAGGAGACACAAAAGAGCUGAAAGAUGUGCUACAUAACAUCAUCAAUGAGGAAUGCCAGCGAGCAGUCAUGGCAACACGGACUUCUGAGAAAAAUAUUUCUACGUUUGAAUGUGAUGGUCAUUCAGAACUGCAAAAUAAUAAUAAAAGAACAAAUAGCAUUAUUUCCAAAGAAAAAAAUAACAAUUCUUCAAAUUCAAAUAUUUCUCCGUUUCAAAACUUCAGAGAUUGCAUUACACAAGCAGUUAGUUCUGAAGAGCAAAAUAAGAUAAAUGAAACUGUGAAAUUAGAUUCAAAGCCUCAAUCAUUAGACUUUAAUAAAUCAGCAGCCAUGAGCAAAAGAAGACUAAAAAGUCAUAUCCCAAUCUCAACAGUUUCAGCUGCCAUGAAUGUCGCAGUUGAAAUGAGACAGCUGAACAGUCACAGAAAGAUAGAAGAUCAAUCUUCGAGUGGAAAUUGGAGCUACAGCAGCGAUAUCAAUUCGUCGGAUUCUGAAAACAAGACUAAUUCUAAUGAAAACAAUAGAUAUGCAACAAAAGAUACUGAUAUGAAGAAUGUUGAUUCUUCAGUUUCAAAUAACAAGGCUAACAACAGGUUUAAAGCAAAGUUCACUGAAUCAGAGGAAUAUAAUCCCAAUAUGGUCAAAGAAAAUAAAGAAACGGAAAUAUCAAAUUAUACGAUCUUAAACAAUAAUGCUACACAUAAUGAUGAAACCUCUAAUGGCACAUCAGCAGAAUAUGACGUAUUUCUUAUUAGUAGUGAUGAAAGCGAUGAUUCUUCGGAUAUUAUAUUUGAGAAUAAUUAUGGAUCAUCAUUAUCUGUCUAUACAAUAAGUGACGGUAGUUUAAAUAGUCUUCUCUCUCAGACUGGUACAGAAAUGACUUCAAGCUCUGGGACUUUAACAAGCAUAGGAUUUGAACCUUUACCUUUACCACCACCUCCACCGCCAGCAACAAUCGCCGCUACAAUAAAAGAUGCAGCUGAAAAAAUUAAUCUACCUGUGGCUUUGGAUAGUGACUGUAGCAUACAAAAACAAGUAGAAAAUGAUUUGAAAAAUAAUCGCAAAGAAACAAAUAAGCCAAGAAUCAAACAAGAAUUAAUUAAAAAAAAUAAACCUCAACAGAAAUCUUCAAAAUCUCGGAAAACAGAGAAAGCUGAUUCAUUUAAACAUCCAACAGAGAAUCAAAGGAACCUUUUUAGUACCCUAAUAAAUAUAAAAUCAAGAACAAAAGAACAAAAUAAAUUUAAGAAUUCUCAUAACAAACUAAAUAAACUGCAAAAUCAUCCUCAUAUUAAUAUGUAUGGUAAUAGUUCUCCUAAAAAUGUCAAACCUUUACCUUUAUUUUUAAAAGAAAAUAUAUCACCAAUAAAAGGUAACGAAUCAAAAAACUACUUGAAAUCGUUUUCAACUAACCAAACAAAAUUAAAGAGUGAAAUUCAACUCGAAAACAAGUUUAGAUUUAAAGAUCAAGAGUUCCAAACUCAGGUAAAAAGUGAUACUUCAAUGUACAAAACUCAUCCGAACACAUAUGAUAUAAAAGAUUCAUAUAUGAAUAAAAUGGAAUUACCUCUUAAAUAUGCACAUAAAGUUACUGUUACUCCAAUCCAAAGACGAACAAUGAAUGAGCGUAAUAAUUCUUUAGCUUUGUGUAAGAAAACCUUGUUUAAAGAAGACAGUGAUCAGCAACUAACUACUGAAUUCAGUAAUAAUUUUAAGUAUGCAUCAAAUAGAGAAUAUUUAUCGGACUUAAAUAAUAGCGAAUUCUUUUGCAAGGAAAAACCUAAAUCGCAGAAUCCCAUGACUUUACAACCCAAACAAGCAGCACGAGUUCUUUUGGAUCCAGAAGGAAGAGUAAUACAUUGCACUAACUCUUUAGAUCGUAGGUUAUAUACGAUUCCUCCUAAAAGCUAUGCAAACAAUAUAAAUAACAGUAAAUCUAAUAAUUGGGCUGCUAAACGAGUAAUUACAAAAACAGAAGAAACAAUUAAUGAUCUAUACACUAAUCAAAUUCAGCACCAUCUAAUUUCUGUAAAUACAACCCAGAGUCUCAAUGAUCCUCACUUCAUCGCAAGCAGCGUGCCUAAUUCUAAUACUGUUGCACAUGUUGAAAGAUACCAUUCAAAAGAGCUAGAAAUAGAAAGAGGAUAUCAUAAAAAUCCGAUAUCUCUUCAAAAAAAUGCUACAGAAAAUGUAAGUUCUAGAGCUUCCAUUGGUGCAAACUUGAUAAGGACACCGUUUUCCGAACCUAUUCACAAUCAGAAUAAUCCAAAUGAGAGAGUUAAUACGAAUUCAUUUCAGAAAACUCCAACAGUAAUAACUCCAGAUCCUAACAUUUCAGGACUUCCAGUAAAUGAAAAUACUCUUACCAAACAUAAUAUUGACUUGCAUUCAAAACGAAUGGAGCAGCUUUGUGGUUCUCAGCGCGAAAAAAAUAAUCAUUCAUUAACAAAGAACAGUUAUUCUCAAAUAUGUCCUCAAGGACAUGUAAAUAAAUCGCAUCACAGUACUAUGUCCACUGAAGAUUUAUUUGCUGUAAUACAUAAUUGCAAGAAGCGAAUGAAUAUUAAAACAGAUUCUGAUAUUUCAAUCGCAUUUUCAUCUCGUUCAUGUUCCCCAUCAUAUCUUCGUCCAGCACCAUCUAAAGGCGCAUUAGCUGAAACUGGUUUUCUUUCACCAAGAAAUACAUCGAGUUUCGACUGUUCUAGAGACAGGAGAAGUUGGGCAGAUUUCAGGUCAACAAACAGUGCAACAUCUGAACGGAAAUCUUUAGCCAGCGACAGAUUUGGUCCAACUAAGCCAACGAGUAUGCAUGAUUUUAAAAUGUUGCUAUUACAAGCAAGAAGCAACAGCCAAACCCUUGGUCCUCGGAAAUCAGCAGUAGAGAUGCUCAAAAUACCUUCGCCACUAGAUAAAGCCCCAAGAAUCACUUCUGCACCAAUCAGUCUUUCACCAUGUAGUUCCGUUGCCUAUUCAGUCCCUAGUUCACCAUCUUCAAAUUUAUAUCUUCACAAUGGACAUUCAACUGUUCCAUUCAAAAGAAAUAACCGAGCGCGUUGUUCUCUACAAUCGCGAUACACUAUGUAUCCCCCAAUAUUUGAAGACUGUUCGGAAGAUUCUGAAAACACUCACGAUACCUUACAACACUACUCUGAAAUAAAUGCAUCAUAUUCGGAAGAGAUAAAUACAAGUGCCCAAGUACAGCAUACUGUGAAUAAUGUAUCUGGUGACCAUACAGUGCAUGAUGUUAGGAUUUGGCUGUAAUAUUUAAAGAGAAUUCUGAAAGGAAAUUUCCAUGUUUGCUUUUUAACUAUUUAUAAUUUGAGCACGAUGAGUGGCAUAUAUCUUUAGACAUUUUAUUGAAUGUUCUUAAAUAAUUUCUAUGUAGUUAGGUAAGUGAAAUGAGAAAUGUAUAAAUAAA